GGCACUAAGUCAGGCGGCUUCGACGGCCAACGGCUGGAAUCUUGGUUAGCUAUUCAAUUAUUAUUGAAAUUGGAUGCAUAGUUCAAGAAAUGUCGUUGAGCAAAUUUUGGUUAGUUAUACAUCUGUGGUUAUACCAAUUCCGGGUAAAAUGAUUUGUGCAAUCUGACUAGCCUUCAUUAGGCAUUUUGCAAAGUGAUUGAAAACAGAUAGGCUCUUUGUAAACUAUCCUUUUUUUGUAAUCGCUUCAUAGGAGUCUGGUAGACAUCUCUCUAAUUUCUAUAUUAAUUAAUUCAGCACUCCUUACACUAAUGAGUGUAUCGCUUUAUUUACUUAUCGAACGCCUAUUGACCUGAAGGUAUAUGUAUCUUCAUUCUUCGUUUCUACAAUUGCAGGCGUUUACGAAAUAUAGAGGAAUGUUUAGCUCCAGGCUCCAGGUAUCUGACAGACCAUGAAAAGAAUGCAAAAUAAAAUAAUUAAGAAAUGAGUCUAUUUAAAAAGCCACCACCCUCUACCACCAUUUUGUAUAUCUACAAUAUAUUUUUUUACAUAUUUUCAUAGAUAUGUUAACAACAAGCAGAGCUGCAAGGGUGCCAAAAUGUGCAAGAUGUCGGAACCAUGGCAUGAUUUCUACGUUGAGAGGUCACAAGAAACAGUGCAUUUACAAGAAUUGCAACUGUGCAAAAUGUGGAUUAAUCAAAGAACGACAACGCAUCAUGGCAGCCCAGGUAGCUCUAAAACGCCAGCAAGCAGCUGAAGAUGCCAUAGCGCUUCAUCUAGCUUCGGCAGAGAGUGGAACUACCUACGAGUACCUUCCUCCAGGACGAAUCUACGGUAUGCAAGUAACUUCUCCCGAAACAGAGACUGAAGACAGUCCCCCAGCAGUGGAGAAAUCUUCGCCGGAUCCUGCAAAAGAUGACGUAGCAAUAAGCCCGGGUUCCAUAGAGAUGCUGGGCAAGUUGUUUCCAAACAAGAAGAGAACCGUUUUGGAGUUGGUACUCAAAAGAUGUAACCACGACUUGCUCAAAGCAAUCGAACACUUCAACUUGAACAACGGCAAGACUUCGUGCGGAAAUGAUUCCGAUUCAGGAAGUACCAAGGAGGAAACGUCUUCUUCAGCCUUUAAGCCAGUGUCAAGCUCGGCAAAAACAUCUUCCAAACCACCACUGUACCCUGGAUUACACGCCACUACUGUACCGAUGAUAUCCAGUGAGGUUUUUAGUUUUUAUCCAUUUUUUCCAAUUUUUCCGAAGCCCAUUGUGAGGAAUCCCGUGUACGUCCCUGGAUUUUGUGAUUGCGAGCAGUGCAAGCACGGUUCUGCUUAUAGUUCGGUAGAUAAUAGAUCAUAAAAAAUGUACAGAGACUUCAUUAUGAAUAGAGUAGUAAAAAAUAUUUUAUUUACUGCCUGUUCAGAGGGUUAAAGUGAGGUAGUGAAUAAAAUAGUAUACAAGUAUACAGGGUGUCCCAGGCUGAGCGUGCAUUAGAAAACUUCAAUAUAAGGAUCGGUGAUUUUUUGCACAUCGCUGUUUCACAACGAGAUCUAUCAAUUAAAAAUAUUUUCAAUAUGGCGGCGCUUCCGGGAAUACCGGAAGUUAACAACAACUUUCCAAUUUUGAAUGGGUACCCCCAUUUUUUAUUACUUACUACUUAAAUUCUCUGUAAUAUUUUUAAUCAAAUAUAGGAACAUGUAUAAUCAAAAAACAAUGAAUUAAAAAAGCUUUUCAUCGGUGAAAUAUAAAAGUGGAUUUCCAUUUGAAAAAAAUGAUUUAUAAUAAUUUUUUAAUCGCUCAAUCCCA